GACCCUUUAAUGACGACGAAACGAUGUCGUGGAUGUGGACAGCCAGGAUGCGUUUCCCACCGAAGCAGUGAGAGAGAAAAUUGAAGCAGAUGAGCCAUGGCCUCCACCGCAUCCACUUUUCUAUCCCUACCAAUUUUCCUCUCCUCUCCCAAUCCAAACUCUUCCAAGCUUCUUCCUACUCUCCGUUGUUCCUCAUCUCCGACGUUCCUUUCAUCCACCACUCCCUCUCGCCGACGAACACUUCUCAUUCCGAAUCCUCUCCACCAAAAUCGUCAAAAAGCCAUCUCAAUUCGGAGGCUCCAUGCCACUUCUGAAGAUACUUUAGCCUCGGAUUCCGCCGCACUGGUGGAGAAAUCGCAAGAGAUAGUAUCCACCACCGACGACGGCGUUUCCACCAUAAUCUCCGUCCUCCUCUUCGUCGCUUUCAUCGGUCUAUCCAUUCUCACAAUCGGAGUGAUCUACAUUGCCGUGACGGAUUUCUUGCAGAAGAGAGAGAAGGAGAAGUUUGAGAAAGAGGAAGCGGGGAAGAAGAAGAGUGGGAAAAAGAAGAAGGUGAAAGCUAAAGGUGGACCGAGGGGAUUCGGGCAGAAGGUUGAAGAAGAAGAAGAAGAUUGAUGAUAUGGAUUAAUACGAGAAGCAAAUUCUGGAAAUCCUAUUGUUGGUACUGUCUAAUUUUCCCAUGAAUUCUGAUGAAUUUGCUUCCCGUUGUUGAAUUAGGGCAUCGUCAUUUUUCUCUGAUGAAUCAACUGGACAUCCAUUUUUUUUCCUUUUUUUUUUUUUUUAAUCUGUUUACCUUAAACUAUAAUUAAUUCGUAUGCAAAUUAUAUUUUUGAUGUACCUUAAUUCA